AUGGGUGCAGUGACCUGUAAUGAUGUGCUCACCAACUUCCCUCAGGAAGAGUGGGCUUUGCUGUAUCCUUCCGAGAAGAGUCUCUACAAAGAUGUGAUGCUGGACACCUACGGGAACCUCAACGUCAUAGGGUGCAGCUGGGAAGGCCAUAAUAUUGAAGAGAAUUGUCAAACUUCUAGAAGCCACAGAAGGGAGAUGCCCCACCUGUACCCACUGGAAGAAGAAAUGGGAAGAUGA